GUUCUAUGUAGCGUGAGGAUGUUCGAACAUUACUUGCGGAACCGCCCCUCGCUCCCGCAACAACAAAACCACUGCGAUGUGCUAAUGUAGCUUCCCUGCUGGUCGUCGUAGCACGGCAGACACUAGGAGGAAGACAUCUACUCCACCGCUGCUGUUAUUUAUUCCAUCCGAGGAUGUUGGCCCCCCGCUGGGAAAGGAUGUCGACGUCCUCUGCCGGCGCUGGUGCCGGGGCGAGCGCCUGUACAGCCACCGUGGUCGUUGUUACACGCCCCCGCUUCUGUUUGCUCCUCCUUUUCUUCCUUGGUGCGCCGCACCAGAAGACGCUACUCUUUACCAGAGCGACUACUCGGGAAACUAGUCGAAGCGACGUCGACACGCAGGCUGGCCGGGAAACAACCACCAGCAGCACGAGGACAUCAUCAAACGAGAAACUACACAAAGAGCAGACGCUGCCAAGGCAUGAUGAGCGGACGAAUCCAGGAGCUCCAGCAACGGCCGAUGACUUCUUUGACGACGAUGUUCCUGCAGGGGAAGGAAAAAGUACGAGAACUGUACGCGCAACAAGUUCUUACAGAACUCCUCUGCCGCCUGAAGAUGCACUUUACUUCGACGUCGUCGAAGGGAGUACUAGUACAACACCCACCAACCAGGCCGCUGCGCCAACGCCCGGGCGCGCCGCUCUUGAAGUUGGGGCAGCAGGCACUAGAAGCAUGAUAGUAACUCCUCCUACAACAACAGGCGUGGACGGCGAGGAUGAAGGUGAUGACGAGGUUCCUGUUGAAGAUGAGGACGCGGAGUACGUCGCGUCUGAGAAGCCGGAACAAAAGCCAGAACCGCACGACCGGCCGCUUGAAAAGGAUCGCGAAGAUCAUGUAGCUCCUUUUGAAAAUAACACACCGCAUCACCGUCCGAACCUACGGGGCGGUAGAACAAGUUCAGCAACGUCGUCAAGUAAGGAAGCGGCAUCAAGUUUUUCUACUGUGGCACAACUAGAAAAAGUAAAAGUCAAAGAGCUGCACCAGGCUGAUGGCGAAAAAUCUUCGUUUCUGAAUUCAACGGCGUCAGAAGCUGCAGCAUCAUCGGCAGAAAUUGAAGAGAAAAGCGGAGAUGAAUUUCUUAAGUCGUCAGACUUUGUACAAAAAACUGCUGGAUCUGUCCUGAAGACCACCUCCGGUCAGAUGAACCAGAAGGAAGUAGAACACGCACAACUACACCAAGAACAGGAAGAACAGCAGCGCACAGUGGUGAAAGUCGGAGACCUGCUAGGAUGUGUGUGCAGCGCUGGGGAGCCGGCGUCCUCUUUGUCCGAUGAUGUCCUCCACCGGAACCCGUGGCUUCGUCCUGAGCCUCUUUGCAAUCCGCCGGCCUUCUGCCCCGUAUUUGGGCGGCCCUACUACGUCCCGUGGAACGCCCCCCUCUCUUACCUGGACCAGAGUUUCAAAAGCGCGCGCUUAGUAAAACAUCACGCUCAUCAUGAUCAAGAAGAAAAACCCGCGAGGACGGGCGGCCGCUCGCCCGAUGCUUCAUCCAGUAUCUGGGAACGCGCGCAGGCGCUGGUCGAAGCCGCGCGGUCUCGAAUAUUCUCUACUCCUAUAGUGGACCUACAUGAGGAGCGGUUAUUUCGAGAGAUCGAUGUCCAGUUCGACGCGGAAGAGCGGUUAGCCGAUGGACUCGCCGUUGACCCGAGGCUGCUAGAAAACCCGCCGCCGGGAGCUUUGGUCAGGCCGGUCACCGCGCUCUUUGACUUGGACGAGGUGGAUUCCGACGGAAGGAAGACGGGGUUGCGUGGCCGCUGGAGCUCGCUGACUAAUGCGGACCCGUUUCUCCUCCGCUUCACGCCAGACCUGGACGCCCCGCACUCGCAGUACAGGAUGUUCAGAGUCACGCACCGGCCGGAGUUCCUAAACCCGCACGGCGCAAUGAAAUCUACAACACCUCCUCCUCCCGCAGCGGACGGCCCUCGAACAGAAUGGUCAGGCGUCAUAGAAGGGCUCGCUCUAGGUCUUUCUCUUAGUUAUGCCGCGGAGCCUGCGACUUCUGCAGAUCGAGCUGUCUUCGAGGCGCCGUCAGGGCUUCACAGAAUGUGUGGGGAGUCGUGUCUCGUGUACAUGUACGAAUACGUGAAUGGAAAUGUUGUUGCGGACGCGGACAUCGCGGAUGACAAUUUGCUGCGAGUACUUCUCAGGGUACGGGGAGCGCUCGUGCGGUACGCCGAAGAUCCUGACUUUCCCGGCACCGUCUCCAAAGUUGGCUUCUUUGGCGACCCAGACUCUGUCGCGGAAGUCUUACACGCUCGGCCUUUUGGGAAUUUCACGAAGAGAUAAACAUAAAGGGCAAUCAUGAUUCUUGAACAUAACGAAGAAAGAAGUUAUUUGAUACAAAAACUCGCUGAAGGACGUGAUAGUGGCGACACUGUGUGGUGGGCGUCUGUGUGGGACUUGUACUCCUUCACACGCCGGAAGAAAUCCGCGGAGAGCUUGCUACCAGGCAGCUGGCUCUCUGGCGCGAUCAACUGAAACUGGUAGCGCAGGUGCUGCGCCUCGAAAUCACCCCCCGUAGGGUCAGCCGUCGCAAAGCCUGCUGCAUGCAGGAUCGGCGGCGCAAGACGCGUAAACCCCCAUGGGGAAGUCCGCGCGCGGCGGAAGAACAUCUUCGCGCCAGCACAGCUCACACCAGCAAACCCUAUCCGAAGAAAGAAACUACGAGAGACUCUCUACCCAGCUGUCUAACAAGUCCAAGUGAGUGGGGGGAUGCGGCCAAAAACUCGAAAGAGACGCCGGGCUGCAGCAUCCCAUACAACUGCAGACAGGCGGUCUGGUCACAGAUCUGGUAGUAGGCGCUGCUCUGCUUCAUUUUGGCCGCAAACUGCGUCUUCACCGUCUGCACCAGAUUCGGCUUUUCGCUAAUCGCGGCACUGACCAGCUGCCUCACCGAGGAUUUGUCCAGCUGCGACAGCGCCAGGUAGUGGCGGUCCUCCGAGCAAUCGGCGCCAGCAACCGCCCCAAUACUCAGCAUCUGGUGGAACUUGAAGAACUUCCGCGCCAAGGAGUCCUGCGGAAUUUCAUGCAGAACAUGGUCCAGCGGGGAGCUCAUGGAGUAGUCAACCAGCAUCAGCUCGCCCAGCAGCAGGGCACGCUCCUCCGGGGAGAUCUCCUUUUUUCCCGUCGUGAUGUGCAUCGUCUGGGGCUCGCUGGCCAGCGCAAGCGGCGGCUUGCUAUGCUGCGCCGGGUCCUUGCUCGAACCAGCUCCGCUCGCCACUGCAACACUUGCGGCCGCGUUCACCUUGGGCGCCACAGUGGGCGCAACUUUCUUCAUCUUCGGCGCAACUUUCUUCAUCGCCGGAGGGGCAGCCUUCAUCACUGGCUGCUUGCCGCCUUUCGCAGGCUUCUUGGCGCCUUUAUUGGCGUGGCCCUGGUUCUUGGGUGGCAUCUUGUACUUCGUGCGCGAUGUGAUGCACUGACUAGUACAGAUCAGCGAUCAGUGCUUGUCUCUUUAGGUCAGCUAACACGCUGCGAGGCAGCAAAUCAGGGUGGGAGUAGAGAGGCACACGCUCACGCGUAUGGUUUUUGCAUCGCAACGCACCAUGAGCGUACUUUCAAUCAUCAACAGCGCAACAUCAUAUAUUUAUAGGCAGGUCCUCGCGCCUCCGUCUUCAGGCACAAGAAGAUACACAGGGACAGGCAUCCAAAGCGUCCGGGUGGGUCCGUUGACCUCGCCCCGGCCACAAAGGACGGCUGCGCGACUACCUACUUUGGCUCUGUACUACGGACGACAUCUCCACCACACCUCUGCAUACCAACAGUCCACAAAAAACAGGAACAUAGUGGAUCAAUCGAACACCAGGAUGCGUAUAGAAGAACUAGGGCGAAAGCAGGCCCAUCGCCUCGGGCGCACCAGGCUGCUGCCCUGUGCUUUUGCGUAUGGUCAUACAGCUUACUCUUCAUAUGCUCCAUGCUAUGCACUAAGGAUCAACCUACUAAAUAUGUACUUGCUCACUUACUUCAGCCUACCACUGCUAAUACUACUUCAUCAGAAACUGCUACAGCCUUAUGUUUCUCCGGUACAUCGUCGAGAUUUUCGCUGUCCUAGUUCGACAAUGGCGGGCAACCCGUCUACCCGGCCAUGAACCCCUCUACCAGCCGCCUGAUCGGAAGCCGGUAGUCCGGUGCGUAGUGCGCAAAAUCACGGGAGUAUCGCUCGAACAUCAGCGAGCGGGAGGUCCAUCCGAAAUGGGUAUUGAUCCUCCCGAGCACCGCCCGCGGAACAUCGUCCAGCUCUGCAUACCCAAGGUCUACCAACCAAAGUCGCACCUGGACAGCAAGCGUCCUCCGCAGCGAGUGCGUGGUAGCCUGCGGGUGCACCCGUGGAAGGAUCUCCUCGAAAACCGCCCCCGGUUUUGGCGCCAAAUACGAGCAGCCAUGUAGCACACAGAGGUGGUUCAGGCACUUAUCGUCGCAGCAGCAGGGGAUCGACACCACCCGAUUGACAGAGGUGCGGACCUUGUCCUUCGGGCAGGUAACCAGGACGGCGCCACCUACGACAUCGACGUGGCCGACCGUGAGAGCUUGCAGGCUGCUGUCACGCCACCCCAACAUGAGGGGCAACACAAAGCCGCGACGCUCCUGCUGGCUCAACUUCAUCAUCGCGCGCACGCUCAACACCGGGGCCCCCGUUGGGACUAGCCCCCCGCGUGCCAGCUCCUUAUUUACCGAGUCGCGGAGGCUACUGUACUCCCGCUCGAAAAAUACACCCUGCGCGAGGGUCUUGCGCGCCAGCUCAAACGCGACCACGGCCGACAAGUAGACAUUUGUCGACUUGUAGGGCUUCUCAGCUGAGAGGAGGUACUCCGCGAACUCACGGAGGUCAUCGAUCGCAGUCUGCCCAACUAGGCCGGCGGCCUCCUUGUACUCGAGCCAGAGCUUUACAUGGCUCGACUCGGUGAAAUCCUUCUGCAGCGACACAGCCUUCGGGGCCCCGAAAUCGGGCUUCCUCUUCUUUGGAGGCAUCUUUUCAACUACAUCAGGAUACGCCAACAGCUAUCAACGCCAACUUUCAAACUAAGUCAUCAUCCACUUGCCGCGCGCGCGGCUACAUCUAAGAGCUUUAGGGUCUUCCCACUCUCGGCCCACAUCAGUACAUCUCUCAACAUCUCACUCCUCACUCCGCAGCCAACAACCAACCACAACAGAAACGCAAACCAGCAUCAACUGACAUCGGCCGCCUGGGGCUGUCUCAUCACCUAAUUAUUUGUCGGCACUACUGAGGGCCGUGAAUACAAAAACUCGCUGAAGGACGUGAUAGUGGCGACACCGACAGGUACGCAUCCCGGGAUCCUCGUUGCAAAAUGAGAACGACGCCGGACGGUGUAACUCAUUGUAGGAUACCCAAGGUGGAAGUAGAGGAUGCACCAGCGGAAAGUGUUUUUGUACAGAGGCUGCACUAGGUCACGCAGUAAGUGGUCGGAGAUGCACGAAAUCAUAAUGACCAUGAUCAUCAUCAAGAGAGUGCAUGAAAAUUCGCUGCAAAACGGAGACGCUAUUUUUUCGAAGAACUUAUUAUACUUAUAUCGAUGUUGCUUUCUUCAUCUUCUUCUUGAGUUGAGUGUGUGGUGGGUCUUUUUCGUCUCUUUCCAUUGGCGUCGUUUGAGCUUCUGCCAUACGUCUUACACGUGCACCAAUCGAAGGACGAAAUCGGAAUUGUACUUAAAUUGGCAGAAUGCAGCACUACCUUCCACAACCGGAGUAGCUUCAUUUCUCUUUUAAAAGAGGAAGAGUGCAAGAAUGGAGGAGCAAGCGAGAAUUCCUGA